AUGAAUGAAACUAGUGACCAGCCUGAUCAUUUAAACUGGACUUUAAAUGAUGAAAAUCAAUAUAAUGAAGUGGAAUGGUAUAAUAUUAAUAUCAAAAUCAUCACGCCAAUUCUAUGUUUAGUUUGUUACAGUGUGACAUUCAUUGUAGGGAUUAUAGGGAACAGUCUCGUUAUCUGGAUUGCUGGAUUCAAUAUGGAAAGUAUCUAUGCCGUGUGGUUCCUCAAUUUGGCCAUAACUGAUUUCAUAUGUAACAUCGCUCUUCUUCUGCGGAUAACAGAAUGGACUUUACAUAUUUUGAACAACUGGCCACUUGGCUAUAUGUUUUGUAAAAUCAGUACCCCCAUGACCUUCUUUAACAUGCUUACCAGUGUAUAUUUUUUAACUGUUAUCAGCAUGGAUCGAUGUGUGUCUAUUAUGUGGCCCAUUUGGGCUAAAUUACAGAGAACUUCCAGAUUAGCCCGUAUCAUUUCAGUUAUUAUUUGGAUUGUAUGCCUUAUCAUCACUAUACCACACAUAACAUUUUAUAAUGCAAUUGAUGACAUGUCAGAUUGUCUUCCUAAAUAUUCAGAUGAAAUUCCAGAGGAGAGUAAACACUCUGUUUAUGCAAUAUUAACUACUAAACUUCUAUCUUUGUUUUUAAUUCCUUGCUGUAUCAUCCUAACUUGCUAUGGUCUGAUCUAUUAUAAACUGGCCCUCCUCAAAAAACCAGGCAGAUAUCAGCAAUCACUCAAGGUUAUCACUGCAGUAGUGAUCAGUUUCUUUGUCUGUUGGUGUCCUUACAGCAUAUGGCCUUUCAUAAUCUUAAACUCUAAAUACUGGGAUAUCGACUUUUUACUUAGUCAAAUAUUCUCUUGCCUGGCUUACUUUAAUAGUUGUAUCAAUCCAAUUCUCUAUGUAUUUUAUUGUAAAGAUUUUAAAAACACUUUAAGAAAGUCCAUUCCUACUAUGAUGUAUUGCGCAACAGAUCACAGUGAUAGAGAAUUAAAUUCUAGAUCUUGCACUUAA